AUGGCAAAUGAGGAAGAGCGAAAUAUUUUCUCGAAUUACCGCCCUUCCGUUCGUGGACGAAUCGUCGGGCUGCAUCGGGCUGGUUCGACGCGCCAGCAAAUUCGCGAAGAACUCGGAUGCAACAUAAAAACUGUCAAUCUGUGGAUUAACAAAUACGAGGCCGGUGGUGACGGGGCUCUGAAGGACCACCGUAAAAAUAAUAAACGGCCACUGAAGACUACGCCGGACGAAGAUGUCCGGCUCUGCGAAGCGGUUGAAGCGACUCCUUUCACGACAAUUGCUGCCCCUUUACAAGAAUCUGGCGUGGACAUCAGCGUGAGUACGGCCAGACGUCGUUUGAAAGAGGUUGGAUUGGUUGCACAUCGCCCUGAGAAGAAAACUGCGCUAACGGAAGACUACCGGCAGCAGCGACUCCGUUUCGCUGAAGAACAUGUUGGGUGGACACCGGAGCAGUGGGCUGCCGUCGUGUGGUCAGACGAAAAGGAGGGGGACGGGAGUGACAAGAACAAGUACAAGGACCCGGAUGGUGACGACGAGGAUCAGGACAAGAACGAGGACGAGGACAACGGUCAGUACGAGGAUGAUGGGAACAAGGAAAAGGAGCAGGAUGAGGAUGGCGAGGACACGGAACAGGCUGAGAACGAGGAUGAAGAUGACAAAGACAAGGACAAGGAGCAGGACGUGGACGGUAACGAUGGGGAUCAGGACAAGGGGGACGACGAGGACGAGGCCCAGGAUCAGGAUCUGAACGACGAAGAUGACGAGAAGACGAGCACCAGGACGUGGUCGAAGGAGACGACGAGACCGAGGAGAAGUACCAGGACGAGGUCGGGGACAUUGAAGACGACGAAUACGACAACGAAGAGCAUACAUUUGCUUAACGAUCGCCCCCGCCUCGCUCUCUAUAGGUAUUCAGGUCAUCUGACGAUGGCCGACGACAUGUUUACCGUCCUAGAGCCCGAGAGUUUCGUCUGGAUCAACGAUAUGUAG